GAUCCGGGUCCCGGUCUCCGCCGCGGCCUCGGGGCGCCGACCGCUGGCAGCAGCUGGCGGGCGCAUGUGGGGUCGCGCGGCGCGGAGGCGCUGCCCGCGGGGCCCGCGGCGCGGCCGGGAGGCGCUGCUAGUGCUGCUGGCGUUGCUGGCGCUGGCCGGGCUGGGCUCGGUGCUGCGCGCGCGGCGCGCGGCCAGGGCCCCGGAACCCGGACCCCGACGCACCCCGCGCCCCGGGCGGCUGGAGCCGGUCCUGCCGCGGCCACCGCUGCCCCUCGAUGCGCUGGGCGCGCGGGGCGAGGCGGUGCGGCUGGACCUGCAGGGCGAGGAGCUGCGGCUGCAGGAGGAGAGCGUGCGGCUGCACCAGAUCAACAUCUACCUCAGCGACCGCAUCUCGCUGCAUCGCAGCCUGCCCGAGCGCUGGAACCCGCUGUGCAGAGAGAAGAAAUAUGAUUAUGGUAAUAUGCCCAAGACAUCUGUUAUCAUAGCAUUUUAUAAUGAAGCCUGGUCAACUCUCCUUCGGACAGUUUACAGUGUCCUUGAGACAUCCCCAGACAUCCUGCUAGAAGAAGUCAUCCUGGUCGAUGACUAUAGUGAUAGAGAACACUUGAAGGAGCGUUUGGCCAAUGAGCUGUCAGGCCUGCCCAAAGUGCGCCUGAUCCGCGCGAACAAGAGAGAGGGCCUGGUGCGAGCCCGGCUAUUGGGAGCAUCCGCGGCAAGGGGCGAUGUACUGACCUUCCUGGACUGUCACUGUGAGUGCCACGAGGGGUGGCUGGAGCCGCUGCUACAGAGGAUCCAUGAAGAGGAGUCGGCAGUGGUGUGUCCAGUGAUCGAUGUCAUUGACUGGAACACCUUUGAGUACCUGGGGAACUCCGGGGAGCCCCAGAUCGGUGGUUUUGACUGGAGGCUGGUGUUCACGUGGCACGUGGUUCCUGAGCGGGAGAGGCAGCGGAUGAAAUCCCCCAUCGAUGUCAUCAGGUCUCCAACCAUGGCUGGAGGGUUGUUUGCUGUGAGUAAGAAAUAUUUUGAAUAUCUGGGAUCUUAUGAUAUAGGAAUGGAAGUCUGGGGAGGAGAAAACCUCGAAUUCUCCUUUAGGAUCUGGCAGUGCGGUGGGACUCUGGAAACACACCCAUGUUCCCACGUUGGCCAUGUUUUCCCCAAGCAAGCUCCCUACUCCCGCAACAAGGCCCUGGCCAACAGUGUCCGUGCGGCCGAAGUGUGGAUGGAUGACUAUAAAGAGCUGUACUAUCAUCGCAACCCCCGCGCCCGCUUGGAACCCUUUGGGGAUGUGACAGAGAGGAGGCAGCUCCGGGAAAAGCUCCAGUGCAAGGACUUCAAGUGGUUCUUGGAGACUGUGUUUCCAGAGCUGCAUGUGCCUGAAGACAGGCCUGGCUUCUUCGGGAUGCUCCAGAACAAAGGACUGAAAAAAUACUGCUUUGACUACAACCCUCCCGAUGAAAACCAAGUCGCAGGCCACCAGGUCAUUUUGUACCUCUGUCACGGGCUGGGCCAGAACCAGUUUUUCGAAUACACGUCCCAGUACGAGAUACGCUACAACACCCACCACCCAGAGGCCUGUGUGGCGGUGGAAGAAGAUUCGGAUAUCCUCAUCAUGCAUCUCUGCCAAGAAGUUGCCCCAGAGAAUCAGAAGUUCAUCCUGCAGGAGGAUGGUUCUUUAUUUCACAAACAGUCCAAGAAAUGUGUCCAGGCUGCAAAGAAGGAGUCUAGCGACAAUUUUGAACCACUCCUACGAGACUGCACCAACUCGGAUUAUCAGAGAUGGUUCUUCCAGGAGCACAUAUCAUGACUGUUGGUGUACCAAGGAACCCAUCAAAGGAGACAGUGGGCCCGGGACUUCAUGUGCCCUACAAAGACAUAGCUAAGCACAGUGAUCAUUUUGCUGUUUGUGAAAGUGUUGUUGGAUUUAGUAAAAAUAUAAAUAAGAUUUGUACUGAUUUUGAAAACUUUUUAAAAAUAUUCCAAAAUACCCCAUUUUGUAAAGGGUAAUCAUAAAAUGUUAAUCCUUGGUAUCUGGAGAAUUAAACCCUUAUAAUAUUUUUCUAUCAAGAUGUAUAUUUUACAAUCGUGCCUUUUAGUCUCACUAGCCAAAAAAAGAAAAAAAAGUAAAUAUUUUAUUUUAUUUUGGUAUUUACAAGGAUUCCCAGGUAUGAAGACUACAUGGGUGGAAAUCAGACCCCUGCAAUGUAUGUUGCAUAAACUGAUAAUACCUCAAAUGUUGGGUUAGAGUUUUCUCUGUAGAGAAACCUAUAACUAUUGUAUUGAUUUUUUCAGAUCAUCGAGAUAUUCUAGAUUUAGUUAAUAAAGAAUGCGUUUUGGGUAUGUAUGGUUACCACAGUUAACACUCCAUGUUGCUCAUGUUUGCCAAAGAGGACUAACCAAAGCUGAAAUCUUAAAGAAACAGUUUGCUCUGCCAUGCUGAUACAAACUGGAGUGCCUGUCUAACAAAACCAAGCUGUAGCGUGGCCAGUUGCUUCUAGUAAUUACCACUGUGACUUUAAAACACAUUUAUAUGUCAAUUUUAAUUUUUAUCACACAGUAGUGGCAGGGAGAAAUUUAAUGUUCUGUGCAAAAUUCAUUUCUCCAGUUUGUUCCGUAGAGUAACAUUUGGUCACGUUAAUCAUUGUUGGGUUUUGUGCUGUGGCAGCUACUGUGAAAGUUUCUCUCAGUAAUUCUGAUUUGUGAAUGAUCCCAGAACAACCCUGGGGUCUUGUCAACCAGAGAAAGUCAAUACGAAUGAUUAAAAAAGUGUGAGAAGAC